CUGUAAGUCUCACUUUGCACCGUGCCUUUAUUUCUGCAAGCUUGUAGUGAUGAGAGGUUGCUCUCAGGUGCUGAAUGUAUUAAAUCAAACGUUUACAGGUCAUCCUAAAGCAUAUCACCUUGAAUACUGUAAAUGAUUAAUGAUCCGGCCUGGCAGUGUGUUUUCAGAGGGUAUGAGAUGUGGAGUUCACAGAUAACUGGGCUAGUGAUAGAUCUUGAUGCUCUUUUCAAGGGUAGAUUGUGUUGCUUUCCCAAGGAUCCACUGGAGGAUGUUGAGACUUGGAGUGAGUCUGUGGACAAAGUCCUCGGUUGCAAAGGCGGACAGAUAGCUUUCCGGGAGUUCCUGAAGUCUGAGUACAGUGAAGAGAACAUACUGUUUUGGCUCGCCUGUGAGGAGUACAAAAAAAUCAAGACGGUCCCAGAGAUGAUCUCCUCUGCCAACAGGAUCUACUCAGAGUUUGUCCAAACUGAAGCACCUAGACAGAUCAACAUAGAUUGCGGUACCAGAGAAAACAUAACAAAGAACAUCUCCCAGCCGACCCUGACUUCGUUUGAUACAGCACAGAAGCUCAUCUACAGUCUGAUGGCCAGGGAUUGCUACCCGCGGUUCCUAAAAUCUGACAUCUAUCAGGGACUCCUGAGGAGAACUGAUUCAAGGUGACUGUUUUCAAACUGACAGCCUCCCAGACAGGCUUGCAAAGUCUUCUCUCCGACUCUGAUCUGCUGUAGCACUCUUUGAUUUCAGUGUGGAUAACGGGUUUAUGCCAUACAAUCCUGGCCCUAAUUGUAGCAGAAAUAGCUCAACCUGUGUGAUUCAGUAGACAGUUGCAGUUCAAGAGAGUUUGCAGCUUGUAUUAUACUUCAUCUCUUUAAUUAUGUUAAGGUUAAAAAAAAUCUUUUAAGAGGUUGUGCACAUGCUUCUUCUAUGAUUAACUAUUUUCUCUGCCCCACUUCAUGAAAUUAAUAAUAAAAAGAGUUCCUCAUUGUAAAGUAUUAUCAACACUUUAUCUAAUGGAUUAUGCAAAUAUAAAUACUACUAUGCUCUGACAAAUUCAACUUUCAAACGGCAAUAAAU